UCCCGACCCGAGUCCCGGGCCAACUUUCUCUUUCCCUUCCCGGCUCUCAGGCUGCCGGCCGCUCAUCUGCCCAGCGACCGGUGAUGGUCAAGUGGAGUCUUUUUCUUAUUGGAGGAAUAUCCCCCCUCGGCCAAUCCCGGCUCUCGCCGGCGCUCCUUCCCCGGGACUCGCCCAGCUCCGCGCCGAGCGAGUUGCUUGUCCGGCGAGCGCAGAAGCGGAUUUAGCGCGGUGGGGCUCGAACAUGACUUCGCUCCUCUUCCUCGUGGGGGGACUCGCCCUCCUGCUGGUGGGGGGCUCCGGUUCCUCCUCCUCACACUCCAUGCGGAAUUUCUACUCUGCUGUGUCUGAGCCCAGCCAGGGGCUGCCCCAGUUCAUCGCUGUGGGCUACGUGGAUGACCAGCCCAUCGCUCGCUAUGACAGCAACACCAAGAGGAAGGUGCCCGUAGUGCCCUGGAUGAGGAAGGUGGAGCAGGAUGACCCCCUGUACUGGCAGAGAUACAGCCAGGUCUUGCAGGGCUGGGAGCAGCAGUUCAGAGUGGAUCUGAGGACGCUGAGGGGCCGCUACAACCAGAACAGCAGCACAGGGCUCCACACCUGGCAGUGGAUGUACGGCUGCGAGGUGGGGCCGGACGGGCGGCCCAGAGGGGGGUACUGGCAGUUUGGCUACGAUGGGGAGGACUUCCUGACCCUCGACAAGGAGACUCUCACUUGGACAGCUCGUGUGCCUCAGGCCCUCAUCACCAAGGAGAGGUGGGAUAAAGGGCCUGAAGCCCAGCGCUUCACAGCCUACACCAAGGAGGAAUGUGCGGAGUGGUUGCGGAGGUACCUGGACUAUGGGAAUGAGACCCUGCGGAGGACAGAGCGCCCGACAGUGAAGGUGGCACGCAAGGAGCGCAGUGAUGGCCAGGAGACCCUCGUCUGCCAGGCCCACGGCUUCUACCCCAAGGAGAUUGACAUCACCUGGACGAAGGACGGGGAGGACCAGUGGCAGGACACCUUCCAUGGGGGUGUUGCCCCCAACUCAGACGGGACUUAUACUAAAUACGUCAGCAUUGAGGUGGAACCUAAUGAGAGAGGCCACUACCGCUGCCGGGUGGGACACAACAGUGUGCUGGAGACCCUGGAUUUGGCCUGGGAGGAGCCAGCAUCCAACGUGGGACUUAUUGUGGGAAUCCUUGUGGGGGUCCUGGCUGCCAUCGCGGUGGUGGCAGGAGUUGUCUACUGCAUGAGUAAGUAA